AUGUUUAGCCGAAACUCACGCACUGCUCUCGCAUUAAGUCGGAUGAACCUCAUCUCGGCGACUGUGUCUCGAUCUCCAAUUGUUCGAACUCAAGCCAUGUCUUCCAGUCUGCCUAAGUACACCCUGGUGUCCAGCGUGCAAACAAACGAAGCAUAUGCACCUUUUGCGCAUUAUUCACAAGCGAUUAAAGCCGCCGGGCAAGUAUGGUUGUCCGGCCAGAUCCCCGCUGAUGCGCAAGGCAAUCUUAUCAAAGGCUCAAUGACGGAGCAGACCAAAGCUAUCAUCAAGAAUACGGAAGCAAUUCUCAAAGCUUCGGGUACCGGUCUCGAUAGAGUCGUCAAAGUGGUGGUCUAUAUUAAAGAUGCAAGCGUCAUGCCUGAGUUUGCAUCGGUCUAUGAUCCUGCGUUUCCGCAUCGCCCCGCGCGAUCUAUGGUUGAGGUGUCAAAGCUGCCCGCCGGUGUGGAUAUUCAGGUGGAUUUCAUUGCUGUUAUUUGA